AUGAGGUUUCUCACCUUCAUCGCCUUCGGCGUCUUCGCCGCCCUUACCAAUGCCGCUGCCAUUGACACGCCUCUUCAAGAGCGUAGCUGUUCACAGAAGGGCGAAGAGUGCAACACCUUCCUGAAAUCUGGUCCCAAGUGCUGUGAUGGUCUGAAGUGCAGCACCUUCACCACAUCACAGAAGUGCGAAUAA